AUACUAAUUUUUAAAAAUAUGCAAACAAAAAAAACAAUGAUUUAAAUAGAGUUAACAUCAACUUUCUUAUCGAUUGUUGCCGAAAUCAAAUUAAUGUAGGGAAUGCCUACAUGGCUGGCGUACAAACAAUCGAUAAUACAUAAAGAAAACUAAUCGAUUAAAUGCUAAUGGAUUGGUAACAGAAGCGGCGACACAGAAAGGAAAAACAAUAAAUAUAUUUUAAGUUGUACAUUGUACAUUGUGCUAGUUAAAAAUGGAAAAUGAUGAAGUAAAGCGUGGCCGUGGCCGUGGACGCGGCUCACGAGCACGGGGUCGAGGACGUGGUCGCGGCCGGGGACGCGGUAAAAAAAUUGAUGACACAGGCACUACAUUAGAAACAUACGAAAGUGUCGUUGGCGUUGGUGCUGGCGUUGUUGUUGCCGCAGUAUCGGGAAACGGAACCGUUGAGGAUAGUCCCAGCAGUAUGGAGCAUACAGAAGAUGCUGUGAUGCAAGAUCUAGAUAAAGAAAACGAAAUGGACGUAACAACAGCAUCAACCGAAGAGCAGGCAACACCCAUUGCAGAUAGAACGCCGCCGCCUCAGCAACAACAGGUAGCGCCGCCUGUGCUGCCACAGACAAUUGACAUGGAAGCGGAUAUAUCACAGUUGGAAGCGCCAACAUUUACGACCUUGUCGCGUGGACCACCGGAGCCUAUGCUGCGACUGAAAUGGAACCACAAAGUGAGCCUCAUUGGCGAGAAGGUGCUCAAUCCGAUGAUACAUUGCUGCGACCAGUGCGACAAACCCAUACUUGUGUAUGGCCGCAUGAUACCUUGCAAGCAUGUCUUUUGCCUCAAAUGUGCCCGAGCUGAGCCCAUAAAGAGUUGUCCACGCUGCAGCGACAAGGUGCUGCGAGUGGAGCAAUCCGGCUUGGGGACAGUCUUUAUGUGCACACAUGGCGGCAGUCGGUAUGGCAGCACCGGUUGUCGACGCACAUAUUUGUCCCAGCGCGAUCUGCAGGCGCACAUCAAUCACCGACACGUUGCACCACAGCCGCCUUUGACAGCGUCGACGGGCGUUGAGCCAAAGCUGACGGAGAUGAGCGGCCUGGAGUUGCAUAAGCAGCGCAAGGCGAGUAGUUGCUAUGGCUCCUAACUAUGCUACUCUCUGU